AUGGUGAAUCGUCAACGGAGUCCUGUUAAACCAGGGUGGGAUGCACAGACGGCUGUUCAAGAAGUCAAUGAAGCGACUCCCUUGUUUCCUGAACCGACCUCAACAUACGAGACAGUCAAUGGUGCUUCGCAAGAUCCUGAGCGGGGAGAUGAGUCCGCAAAGGACCUCUCAACGCCGACACGAUCGUUGAUGACGACUAUUUCCAUCUUGCUGAUCGGUGUCUUCAUCUCCCAAGCGGAUACGUCGCUAGUACUAGCCACCUACAGCAAGAUCUCGUCAGAAUUCCAUGACCUCGAAAGCGGCUCGUGGCUGCUUUCAAGCUACAUGCUAGCCAUGUGCAUAUCCCAGCCGCUUUUUGGGAAAUUGAGCGAUAUCUUCGGGCGGAAGUCGUGUUUGCAGGUAGCAUACAUCCUCUUCGCGAUCGGAACUCUUGGCUCUGGACUGGGCAGAUCAAUGACUCAGAUCAUUGCUGCUCGUACGAUCCAGGGUGCUGGAGGCGCUGGUAUGGUGUGCAUGGUGUCGAUCCUUUUGACAGACCUGCUGCCCUUUCAUGAAGUCGCGCUGUACCGGAGUUAUGUAAACGUGGUGCAGACAGUAGGAAGAAGCUGUGGCGGCGUAAUUGGAGGGUUUCUUGCUUCCACGAUUGGCUGGCGCUGGGCCUUCUUGGCACAAGUUCCUCCAGUCAUCCUUUCGAUUGCUUUGGUCCAGUGGAAGUUGGAGGUUCCCCAGAAGUCUCUCAAACCCGGGCACUGCGAAUCCACUCGCGACAAGUUAGGACGUAUCGACUUUGUCGGAGCAGUGUGCAUGAGCAUAACGAUCUUCACUGCGCUAUUCGUGCUGGAUACUGGCGGCCAAAAAUAUGCCUGGAACCACCCCGUCGUUGUCACAUCAGCUUGUGUUGCUGUUGUCGGCGCUGGGACAUUUGUCUUGUACGAGCGCUUCUUGGCGAAGGAGCCAAUAUUUCCAGUCCAGCUACUCACCCGCUACGUUGUUGUCACGUCUUACGGAAUCCUUCUCCUGCAGAACUUUUCUCAGACCGCACUGAUGUUCAUCAUCCCAAUCUACUUCCAAGUUACCAACAAUGCAUCGACGGGCGAAGUAGGAGCCUACCUCAUACCCUCUGUGAUUGGCAACACAAUCGGUGGUCUCUUGACGGGGGCAUGGAUCAAGCGGACCGGGAGCUACAGAGUUCCUACGAUAUUAGCGAGCGCCAGCUCGGCCUUGUCUUUCACUCUCUUGCUGCUCUUCUGGCGAGGGCACACCACUGUUUGGGGAUCCCUCUUGAUAUUCCCCGCCGGUCUUGCAACAGGCAUGGCUCAUUCGGCCGUCUUCGUUGGAUUGACAUCCGCAGUGGCGGAGGACGAGGUGGCUAUUGCUGGCUCCGGGCUGUACCUGAGUGGCAACGUAGGAGGUGUUACGGGCGUCAGCGGGGCUGCUGCAGCCUUUCAAAUCGUUUUGCAGAUGGGCUUGAAUCAUGCCCUGGAGGGAAGAAGUGAUGCAUCUGAAAUAGUCGACAAGGCUACAUCCGAUAUCGCCUACAUUCAGCAUGUGGGUGGCGGUCUUCGCGAGCUGCUGAUGCCGGCAUAUAUACACGCCACACAGCAAGUUUUCGUGCUUGGGCUAGUCGCCUCUGUCAUCGCAUUCUCCAUUGCACUUAUCACGAAGGAGAGGAAUUUGCUAAGAGCAAACCUAGCCGAGUAG